GUGACAGUUUUCGCAGUGACGUGCUUGUCAGGGGGUGACGUGUUAAUUUAAUAAACAAUUACUGCAUUGGGCAAAAUGUUGGAUUUAUUUACAAUUUUUAGUAAAGGAGGCAUAGUAUUAUGGUGCUUCCAAAGUACAAAUCAAAUAUUCACUCCUUCUGUUAAUGCUUUAAUAAAGAAUGUCAUUUUACAGGAAAGAAGUGGUGUAAAAACAUUCGACCACGAUGGGUUAAUUCUCCAGUAUAAGUUAGACAAUGAGUUCGACUUAGUAUUUGUUGUUGCAUACCAAAAGAUACUGCAGCUGUCUUAUGUAGACAAAUUUCUGAAUGAUAUUCAUCUUGAAUUCAGAGACAAGUAUAAAAAUGAGCUUACUGAGAAGUUGUAUUUUCAAGAUUUUAGCUUUGUGGAUACUUAUAAUUCCACAUUAAAGUCGGCUGAGAAUUGGUCUAAGGUUCAAUUAAAGCAGCCGAAACAGAUGAGGACUUUUGAGGAGUCUUUUAAAUCUAAAAAGACUGUUUCAUCUAUGAUAGAAAGGAAGGGUGAAGAAAAACCACAGAAACCAAUUAAAAAGAAGGAAGUGAACUUCAGUACUGAGGAAAAAACUAUUGCACCUCCAUCACCUCAAUCUCAGAAGAAUGGACUUAUUGAUGAAGAAACCUUAGCUAUGAAUAGAGCAAAAUUUGCAAAGAAGAUGCAGAAAAAGAAACCAGAGGCAAAGAAGAGUCCUAAAAGUCCUCCUGCAGAAAAAGCGGGCAAAAAACCCAGGGUAUGGGAUUUAAGCGGGUCUAACAAGGAUGUGGAUCUAUUGGAACGAACAACAGAUAGACCUGAAGAUGCCAGAAGUAAUUAUACACCAGAUGCUGAUAUGGUUGGUCAAAUGAAAGGUGUAAUUAAAGAUCUAGAAGUGGAAUCUUCUGAUGAAGAAUACGAAGACGAGGAAGAAGUUGAAACCGUUCAACAGAGCAAACCAGCCCCCAAAGGAGGAAUGUUCUCUAUCUUUAGAGGUCUAGUCGGUUCAAAGAACCUGACCAAAUCUGAUAUGGAACCGGUUUUGGAGAAGAUGAAAGACCAUCUUAUUGCUAAAAAUGUUGCUGCAGAUAUUUCGGAAAAGCUUUGUGAUUCCGUCGCAACUAAAUUGGAGGGAAAAGUAUUGGGGACCUUCGAUAGUGUUGCUACGACUGUGAAGAAUACUCUAAAUGAAUCUUUGGUACAAAUUUUAAGUCCAAAAAGAAGGGUUGACAUUCUUAGAGAUUGCAUGGAAGCGCAAAAGGCUAACAGACCUUAUGUCAUGACUUUUUGUGGUGUAAAUGGUGUGGGAAAAUCAACAAACCUCGCGAAAAUCUGUUUUUGGUUGAUCGAAAACAACAUGCGGGUACUUAUAGCAGCUUGUGAUACGUUCAGGGCUGGAGCGGUUGAACAACUUCGAACUCAUAUGAGACAUCUCAAUGCCCUUCAUCCAGCCGAUAGGCACGGAGGACGCGAAAUGGUCCAGUUGUAUGAAAAAGGAUACGGUAAAGAUGCUGCGGGUAUAGCCAUGGAAGCAAUUAAGUUUGCUAGGGAUUCUAGAAUCGACGUUGUGUUAAUUGAUACCGCUGGAAGAAUGCAAGAUAACGAGCCUUUGAUGAGAGCCUUAACCAAGCUGAUUAAAGUUAAUGAACCUGAUCUGGUACUCUUCGUAGGAGAAGCUCUUGUUGGUAAUGAAGCCGUCGAUCAGUUGGUAAAAUUCAAUCAAGCUCUUGCAGAUUAUUCAUCUAGUACUAAUCCACACAUCAUAGAUGGCAUUGUAUUAACCAAAUUCGACACAAUUGAUGAUAAGGUUGGAGCUGCAAUAUCAAUGACGUAUAUAACUGGUCAACCUAUAGUUUUUGUUGGAACUGGUCAAACCUAUACAGACUUGAAAGCCUUAAAUGCGAAAACGGUGGUGCAUUCGCUCAUGAAGUAAUUUAUUCUUAAAAAGAUGCCUUAAUUAUUAUCAUUCUAAAUCGUUAAACGAAGUUCUAAGGUCGAAAGAUGAGACAUUAGAUAAUUGUGAUUUUAUUUUCAUUUCAGAGUUUUAACGUAUUUUAUUUGCCUCUUUAUGAAGUCGGCUCAUGUGUUUCAAAUUGUAAGAAGACAUAUUUGAUAUUUUUCAAUCCCAUUAGCAAUUUAUAUGGACUUUGCAUAAUGUGCAAUGCUUAUAAAUGAUGAAACAAUAGAUAAGCUAUAAAAUUGAAAAUUAAUUUUUGUGAAAAAUCUAUUUUAGGAUCACUCAAAUUUGAACAUUUUUCAUAUCGUUUUUUAUUAUACAUUUCUUUGUAAACAAUACAGACUAGACUAAGGAAUAUAAGUUAAUGAAUUUCAAUAAUAUGAAUAGUUAUAAGUUGUUAUAUGUAUGUAUAACUUACAGCUUACAGGGGUCUAGGACGUUUCAUCGCCGCCGUUUCGAUGCCGCCAGUUCGAUGCCGAUGCCGGCCGAUUCAUCGCCAGUCAAUUAAUCGCUAUCUGAUAUAUUUCCGAAUUUUCGACAGUUACAAUUAUUAUUUAUUUUUAGUAUUAAUUAGGAAUUCUAGGAAAUGCGAGAUAUGACGGCGCUGAAAUGGACUGGCGAUGAAUCGGCGGCAUCGAAACGGCGGCGAUGAACCGGCGGCCAUGAAACGUCCCAUUCCGGCUUACAGUUACUAAUAUUUGGCACGUUUCAAAAUCUUUUAAUAAAAAUAUGUUGGAAUAGGAUUGAAACCGUCGACUUUUUGGAUAUCCUUUUUACAUUCUAUUUUCACACAUUUCUUGCAAGUUUUACGUUAAGAAAAUUUUAAGUAUGUAUUACAAUAUCUUCUUUAGCAGAUUCUUAGUUUUCCAUAUUCGCCUGUCUUGAGCUGCCUGGGAGAAGAGGCAGUCUCUUCCUGCCUCUUCUUUAAUAUCGUUGAUCCACCUUUUUUGCUGUCUUGCUAAGCCUUGUUUAUGUGCUGCUCUUUGUAGCCAUUGUAUUAUUCUCUUUGCUCACUUUUCUCUUUCUCUUGUCCACAUGUCCUGUCCAUUUCCAUUUAGAUUUUGCGACAUCUUCGAUAUUAUCUUUUACAUUGGUUCUAUCUUCUUAGAUCUCUAAUUACAAUUAUAUUAAACAUUUUUUUUUAUAAAUUGUCUCAUCUUUCAUACAUUAUUAAAUAUUAUAUCGUAUCAUUAUAAGGUUCCAUCGAUUUUGUAGGUUAUAUAGAACAUUGGUUAUUAAAUCACGUUUAUUUUAAAAAUAGUUUUUUAUACUUUUCUGUUACAUUGAUUUUAUGCAUUUUAUGGUGAUAUUUUUGUAUUUUGGUUUAAAUUAUUGUAAAAUCUAAAUUGUUUUCAUAAACAGUAAAAGACA